GGGAGUCACGUGCAAAACCCUACCCCAAACACACAGGCCCGCCAAGAAAUCGUUAUAUAAAGCACAGGGGCACAUUUUUGCUCUCCACUGCCGACGGCAAACCCUAGCUAGCUCUUUCAUCUGCCUCUGCUAUCGGAUUUCUGCCGACUUCAGCUGGUUGCGAAUAUGUCGGACGAGGAAAGGGAAGAGAAGGAGUUGGAUCUCUCCUCGCCUGAAGUUGUCACCAAAUACAAAUCAGCUGCAGAAAUUGUUAACAAGGCGCUGCAGUUAGUUUUAUCCGAAUGCAAACCGAAGGCAAAGAUUGUCGACCUUUGCGAGAAAGGAGACAAGUUCAUCAGAGAGCAAUCUGGAAAUUUGUAUAAGAAGAAGAAGAUAGAGCGCGGAGUUGCAUUCCCAACCUGCAUAUCAGUGAACAAUAUCGUCUGCCAUUACUCACCAUUAGCCAGUGACGAGACUGUGCUUGAAGAUGGUGAUAUUGUGAAAAUUGACAUGGGGUGUCAUAUAGAUGGAUUCAUUGCUGUAGUUGCCCACACUCAUGUUCUUCAGCAAGGGGCGGUCACCGGCAGGGCUGCUGAUGUUAUUACUGCAGCAAAUACUGCUGCUGAGGUUGCUUUGCGGCUUGUGCGGCCGGGGAAGAAGAACAAAGAUGUCACCGAGGCAAUUCAGAAAGUUGCUGCUGCUUAUGAUUGCAAGAUCGUCGAAGGCGUACUAAGUCACCAAAUGAAGCAGUUUGUAAUCGACGGAAACAAGGUCGUGUUGAGUGUCACUUCCCCAGAUACCCGAGUCGACGAAGCAGAAUUUGAGGAAAAUGAAGUUUAUUCCAUCGACAUUGUCACCACUACCGGCGAUGGCAAGCCAAAAUUGUUGGACGAGAAACAGACGACGAUUUACAAAAGAGCUGUAGACAAAAACUAUCUCCUGAAAAUGAAAUCAUCCCGAUUCAUAUUCAGCGAGAUUAGCCAGAAGUUCCCAAUCAUGCCAUUUUCCGCGAGGUCUUUGGACGAGAAACGAGCUCGUCUUGGCCUCGCAGAGUGCGUUAAUCACGACCUUUUACAGCAGUACCCGGUGCUUCAUGAGAAACCCGGCGACCUCGUAGCCCACAUCAAGUUCACCGUUCUUUUAAUGCCCAACGGCUCGGAUCGGAUCACGGCCCAUCCUCUGCAGGAACUGCAGCCGGCGAAGACAAUCGACGAUCCUUACAUCAAAGCAUGGCUUGCUCUGCCCACCAAGACCAAAAAGAAAGGCGGAGGCAAGAAGAAGAAAGGCAAAAAAGGGGAGAAAGACGAGGAUACAGAGGCCAUGGACGAUGAUGCCACAGCAGCUUCUAAAGAAUGAGUCAGUUUUUGUUCCUUUUUUGUAUUUUCUCUGAAUAUUCUUUUUUUGUUUUUUAAACUUAUGAAAUACUACUCUUUGUAAAACCCUAACAAAAUGUGUUCUGCCUGCCUUGCCAUCUUUUCUUCGCUA